CUUCCUCCCUCUCCACUACCCAUUCCAACUUCCUAAACUCUCACCCACCACUUUUGACGCAGCCCUCUCUCUCUCUCAUGCAUGUCGGCUCCACCAUCGCCGCUCCUCGACCCAUCUCGCAGGUCCGAACCGCUUUCCCCUACCACGGAUGCAGGCGAGCCUCCAUCCAACCACUAAGAACUACCGCCACCGCCGCCGCCACCACCACCUCCACCCAAACCCAUCUUGCCAACCUCGAACGCCUCCUCCAGAAGCAGUCCUCUUCUCCUCCCCUCUUCACCCCCAACCCAGGCAAAGACCCCGACUCCCCUGACUCUACCUCAGGCGGCGGCGGCGGCGGCGGCGGCGGCCUCCUCAGCGCCCUCAAUCUGCCCUCCCUCUUCCCCUCCUCCCGCAAGCAGCCGGAAGAGAUGUCCCCUCGGACCCUCACCCGCCUCCACCGCCUCCUCUACGACUCCCCACGCCCCUCCCCCCGCGGCCCCAUCGCCUCCCGCUGGCGCCACUACCACGGUGCUGCCGACUGGGCUGGCCUCCUCGACCCCCUCGACGAGAACCUCCGCCGUGAGCUCGUCCAUUACGGCGACCUCGUCCAGGCCGCCUACCACGCCUUCCACUCCCAUCCCGAAGCCUCGCUCGAUGCCCCCCGCCACGUUGCCCUCCCUGACCGCUCUUACCGCGUCACCCGUUCCCUCUUCGCCACUGCUUCCGUCGAGCUCCCCCGCUGUCUCGACCGCUUCGCCGCCCCCUGGAUGACCCAGCGCUCCAGCUGGAUUGGCUACGUCGCCGUCUGCGACAGCGACCACGAAAUCCGCCGCAUGGGCCGCCGCGACAUCGUCAUCGCCCUCCGCGGCACCGCCACCUGCCUCGAGUGGGCUGAGAAUUUCCGUGCCGGCCUUGUCCCGGUUGACGACGGCAGUGACAAUUCGACAUUGAGGUCGCCUCAUGCACCGAAGGUGGAAUGCGGCUUCUGGAGCCUGUACAAGACGGCCGGCGACCGCGUGCCGAGCCUUUCGGCGUCGGUGGUGGAGGAGGUUCGCCGGCUGGUAAAUCAGUACAAAGGGGAGGAAUUAAGUAUCACCGUAACGGGACACAGCCUUGGGGCGGCGCUGGCGGUGCUAGUGGCGGACGAGCUGAGCUCGAGCAUACCAGACGCGCCGCCGAUAGCCGUGUUCUCAUUCGGCGGGCCGCGGGUGGGGAACCGGGGGUUUGCCGACCGGGUGGAAGGUGGGGGAGUGAAGGUCCUACGCGUCGUAAAUGCGCACGAUAUGGUGACGAGGGUACCAUUAGGGGUGGCGCCACCGGAGGCGGCGGAGAGGGACCUCGGGAGCAAAUGGUGGCCGGCGAGAGUUUUGGAGCGGAUGGAUGGUUACGCCGACGUCGGGAGGGAGCUGAGGGUGGACAGCCGGGCGUCGCCGUACCUACGGCCGGAUGCCGACCCGGCGUGCUGCCACGACCUGGAGGCGUACCUCCACUUGGUGGACGGCUUCAUGGGCACCGACUACCCCUUCCGGUCCAAUGCCAAGAGGAGUUUGGCCCGGCUGCUCAGCCAGCAAGGAGGGAAUGUCAAGAAGCUCUACAUGAGCAAGGCCCGGGAACUCCGGAUCGGCCAGCUCGACCCGUCCCCCGCCGCCGCAGCCGCCACCGCCACCGCCACCGCCGCCGGCGGCGGCGCGUUGUCCAGAGUCCCGAGUUGCCUCGCCAGCCCGUCAUCAUGACGCGCGUUAAAGAAGCGCGUUAUGUUUACGUGCAUUAAUUAAUGAUGUAUAUAUGUACGUAUGGAUCAUUGAAUCAAUUUAUAAUAUG